AUGGCAGAAGCACCGCAGGCGGCGUCGAGCACGCAAACUCUGGCUCCAGAAACUUCAAACGAAAUCCAAAAGCGUUACGAAAUUUCCGUCUCGACCUUCAAGAUCCUUUGCAAGAUUAAAAGCAAGCCAGAUGCUCGUGACAUUUUGAGGAAUGCAUGCUCUGCCACCGAGUUCAAGUCGUUCCCAAUGAAAAAGGAGGAGACCGCCUUCUUCAGAGCGAUCAAUGACAACACCGGAAUCCCCUAUCAAGUUAAGGAAUUCAUCUCCCAACCAUGGCACAAAGUAUAUCUCUUGGUUCAGAUUGAUCUGCUCAAGACUGGUUGGCCAAACAAACUAUCGGGGCCUUCGCGCAAAGAGCUGACGAAAGAGCUCGCCCGCAUGUACAAACUCCUCGACCAUGUGCUGAGGUGCCUAGUCGACAUCCUUGGAGAACGAGGCGAUGGAAAGGGAGUAUAUGUUGCUCUUGAAGUGCUGAGGUGUGUCAAAGCUGGAGUCUGGGAGGGGAGCGACAGUCAACUCCUCCAAAUCGAGGGCAUCGGCCAAGCAAAAAAGGACAAGCUCGUCAAGGCCAACAUCAAGAACAUAAAGCAGUUGGCUACAGUUGAAUUCUACAACAUUGAACGCAUUCUUAGUCGAAACCCACCCUUCGGUCAAACUAUCCUUCACAAAGUUGCUGGAUUCCCUCGUCUCACACUCGACUUUGAGAUCAUUGGUCCUUACAUCCCCGACUCGGCAACCAACUCGAACUCGUCAGCUCCACAUGAAGACAACCGGUCUGUAACAGACACGGCAAAACCCAGCCAACCUCUCUGGAUUGCUCGAGCUGUCCUUGGAUUCAACAAUGAGAAGCUACCUCACUGGAAGGGCCGCACACCCUGGCUCACAUUACUUGUCCAAGGGGACGACGGACGACUUGUUUGGUUCUGGCGAGGAAGUGCUAAAAAGCUGGUUGACAAGAAAGAGAUCAUCAUCGGGUUGGGCGCAAAGCGUGACGAGAAACUACAGGUUUCAUUUGCAUGCGAGGAGAUUGUUGGUACUUUGAUCAAAAAGGAUCUUCGAGUGCCAGUGUGA